GUAUGUGGGUUGGAAAAGAACUGUUAACGAGACCAGUCCCAAUUUUUUUCUAUUGGAACGCUAGAACUGGUGCAAGACUACUGCGGUAUGUGAAAUUCUAUAGCUGCUAGUGUGACAACGAGUGUGUGACAAUGGCUGUGCAACUGUCGGAAGAUGUCGUCUUCAAAUGGCUGGACUCUCAUCAAGACAGCGCUGCAAACUAUAUUGAAAAAUGGUUGCAAACUCGCCCAAGCACAUCCAAGAGACUAUGCAGCAUGCAGCACAACACAAGCAGCCCAAUGUUUCAGCCUCUUGUUGGACAACUGGAGGAGACCAAGCUCCUCAACCAUCGCCUCACCUCUCCACCUCUUCCAAUCAGCAAUCGAAAGAGGAAAUCCAACGCUGAGUUGCGUCAAUUGAAUCGCCAGGAGCUCUUCAUGGAAUUACUCACAGACGUUGUUUCCCCAAACUUUGAUGUCAACCAUCUCUCUCACAAGAUCCUAGCUAAUGUCCUUGUUUUGAUUAAUGGUGAUCGUUCGUCGCUGUUUUUAGUGGAGGGAACGGAGGAGAAUCCAGUCCUGGUCUCCCGGCUAUUUGACGUGAUGGAGCACACUAGUGUUGAAGAUGCUAUUCAUGAGGAUAACGAAGCACUCAAGAUACCAUUUGGAAAAGGGAUUAUUGGAUUCGCCGCACAGAAUGGAGUCGCCAUCAACCUGGAGAAUGCAUACAAAGAUUCUCGCUUCAAUUCGGAUGUGGAUGGGGCCACUGGUUACAAGACAAAGAGCAUUCUGUGUAUGCCUAUCAAAACUUCAGACGGACAUGUGAUUGGGGUAGCUGAAGUCAUAAACAAAAUGGGGGAGGAGGAUGUUUUCUCCAAGCAAGAUGAGAUGGAUUUCCAAACCUACCUCACCUUUUGUGCCAUCGGUCUCGUCAAUGCUCAACUCCUGGACCAAAGCUUCUCCUUGUCUAGAAGACUACAGGUGUUGCUUCAGUUGACGCAAGGUCUGUUUGAAGACACCACUUGUCUGGAGGUGGUCAUGGAGAAGGUGAUGCAGCAAUCUCUGGAGCUCAUCCCGAGUGAGAGCUGCACUGUUCUGCUCAUUGACGAGGACAACGAAGAGGAGGAGGUCAAGUUCCAUCGAGCAUUUCAAGUUCACCACCGCUCACUGAUGACACAGAGUUUAACGAGUGUCAAAUCAUGUGAUAUGAAGUGUGUCACUGACAUUAAAAUUGCAACAGAAGUGGCCAUGACAGGAAAGCCUUAUAUAACCACUCCUAAGAGGCUUGAGGGUAUCUCUCAAUCCACCUCCUCACCGCCGGACCAGGUGGACGAGAACACCAGUAGCUUGCUAUGCUUACCAAUAUUCAGCAAAGAUAGGCAGACCAUUGGUAUUGCCAAGCUGGUCAACAAACUGUCUGGACUACCAUUCAACCAACUUGACAAAGACACUUUUGGAGUGUUUACUACUUUCUGUGGGCUAGGAUUGCACAAUGUCUUCAUGUACGAGAAGAUCUCUAAAGCUCAUGCACGACACAAAGUGGCUGUCGAGGUACUCUCCUAUCAUGCCUCUGCAAGCCCUCAGGAAGCCGACAAAUUGAUGUCGAUUGCUGUGCCUGAAGCUGACCAGUACCUCCUGCUAUCCUACUCAUUUGACGACUUAUCCCUAACCGAGGAGCAGACUGUACUGGCGUCAAUAAGAAUGUUUAUGGACUCAGGACUGCUGCAGAAUUUCAGAAUAGACACUAAGACUCUGUACAGAUGGAUGCUCACGGUGAAGAAGAACUAUCGUCCUGUCACCUACCACAACUGGAGACAUGCAUUCAACGUAGCACAGACCAUGUUCACUAUGUUUCAGAGUGAUGACUUGUCCACUGAACUUACAAACUGUGAGAAGCUUGCUCUACUGGUCGCCUGUUUCUGUCACGACCUUGAUCACCGGGGUACCAACAACGAAUUCCAAACAAAGAGUGAGAGCCCACUGGCUAAGCUGUACACUACCUCUACGAUGGAGCAUCAUCACUUGGACCAUUGCACCAUGAUACUAAACAGUGAGGGCAAUCAAAUAUUUAGCAGCCUCAACAGCAAGGAGUUUGAUGAGGUUAUGGGCGUCCUAGGCAACGCUAUCCUAUCCACUGAUCUCAAGUUCUAUUUCAAAAGAAAAGGUGAUUUUCAGAAUGUUGUAGAAAACCAUUUGUUCAGUUGGAGUGACACUGUACACAGGGACUUGCUGAGGAGCAUGUUGAUCACUGCUUGUGAUGUGGCUGCCAUCACAAAGCCAUGGCCCAUUCAAGUGAGAGUGGCUGAAAUGGUUGCCAACGAGUUCUUUGAACAAGGAGAUGUGGAGAGAGAGCAACUGAAUUCUGAGCCAGAUGCAAUGAUGGAUAGGAGGAAGAAGAAGGAGCUGCCCAGUAUGCAGGUCGGGUUCAUCCAGUUUGUGUGCAUGCCCCUCUAUGAGAAGCUGGCCCAGUUCAGUGAUCAACUCAGACCCCUCCUUAACGGCGUCAUCAAUAACAAGAACAACUGGCAACACCUUGCAGACAAUCCGAAUGACAAUUGGGAUGAUCCAGUUCUUCUAAGCCCCAGUGACUGUGUUAUCAUCCAUGUCAAGCCUUUAACUGGUGGUGAUGAAGAACAACUCCAGUCAGCGGAGGUCCAAGUGUCGAUCCCAAACACCCCUGAGAGAGAGGGGGUUGCUGCUGUGAGAUUUCCCAGCUCCCCUCUGAUUGAGGAGGGGUGCAGGAGUCCGUCUAACAUCACUCAACCGACGUCAUGCAUACAUAUGCAGAACAAUACUCAAACAGAGGUCAUAGCUAGCAAACGACGAAAGCGUGAAAAAUGUUCACUCUGUUAACUAUACAUUCAUUUUUGCUUUGUUUUCAAUUUGUGCACUGUCAGCA